AAAUGACUUUUUAUGAUAAAUAAUUUAAACCAAUUUAUGGAUUUGAAGCUUUGAUAUUAUAUUAUUUAUUUUUCAAAAAAAGGUAUAGCAAACGGGCAUUAUAUCAAACAAAACAGUAUGGUAGGAGAGUUGUCACCUCCUAAUAAUUCAUAGUCAAGUCAACCAUGGCAGACAGCAAGCAGCCUUCUAAAUUCUUAUACAUACCCCCUUCUGCUUAAUAAAUAACCGAAAAAUCAACACAACACUUACCAUCGAAAGAGAAAUCAACCCAGAAAAGAAACACAAGUGCUGUGAUGGAGGGAAUAUCUAUUGCUUCAAAACCAAGUGGCAUAGAAGAGAGCAUUAUAGAUUUCUCCCAAAUAACACUCCGACCACUUCAUCUUUCUGAUAUUGAUGAUGUCAUGGUGUGGACAACUGAUAAAAAGGUGGCCAAGUUUUGCUCUUGGGAACCUCACAACAGCAAAGAGGAUGGCAUCAACUAUAUUGAAAAUAUAGCAACCAAGUUUCUAUGGUGCAAAGCAAUAUGCUUUAGUGAUCGUGCUAUUGGCUGUAUUUCUCUGUCUUCUAAUUCACCUCAUGAUAUAAGCAGAAACAAAUCUGCAGAACUUGGUUAUGUUCUAGGCUCAAAUUAUUGGGGUAGAGGUAUUGCCACGUUUGCUGUGAAACAAGUGGUUAAGGUUACAUUCAGUGAGUUGUCACACUUGGAGAGGAUUGAAGCACUGGUCGAUGUUCAAAAUGUUGGGUCUCAAAAAGUGCUAGAGAAAAGUGGUUUCCAAAAGGAAGGGGUGCUCAGGAAGUAUGUACAAUUGAAAGGAAAAGGCAGAGAUAUGAUCAUGUAUAGUGUUUUUGACAACGAUCCCAAAGUUUGAAUUAUUUGACACUCAACCAUAGCUUCAAUAGCUUGUCUUGGUUUUGAAUUAUUUGAAAUGAACUUGUGUUGUCCCAACUAAAGGGUUAAAAUAUCAUACUCAAUUAUAAUUUUCAUUUUAAUAUGAAUCCCUUAACGCAGCCA